CCCCCCUCUUUCCCUUUCUUUCUAUCUUUUGGUACCAGCGCAGACAUGACCACAGUCAACGGCGUGAGCGCGUCUGAUGCCGCGACAGUCGCCUCGCUCAAGCCCGCCCACUUUCACCUCGAACAAGUGAUCCGGCCAAACAUCCUCUCGCUGAAGCCAUACCGGUGCGCGCGCGAUGACUACCAGGAGGGCAUCCUCCUCGAUGCAAACGAGAACAGCCUCGGUCACUCGGUCCCGACUGGCUCAGCAGCGGCGGCCGCGUCUCACGGCGAUGCUUCGGAGCUGCUCGACCACGCAUUGCCGCUGCACAGAUACCCGGACCCAUCGCUGUACGGCAUCAAGCCGACGCUGGCCAAGCUGCGGGGCCUGCCCUCGGAGUCCCACGUCUUUCUCGGCGUCGGGUCCGACGAGGUCCUCGACCUGAUCCAACGUGUGUCGUGCAGGCCGCAGAAGGACAAGAUCCUCAUCUGCCCUCCCACGUACGGCAUGUAUGGCGUCUGCGCGGCCGUCAAUGACCUCGAGGUGGUGGAGGUGCCGUUGAAGACCGAGGGGGGCGCAUUCAGCCUCGAUGUCGAAAAGGUACUCGCCACGCUGGCCGCAGACCCAAGCAUCAAGCUCGUCUUUCUGUGCUCUCCAGGCAAUCCGACGGGCACGCUGCUGGACUUGGGCGAUAUGGAGCGGAUCCUCAACUUUGAGCAGUGGCACGGCCUCGUCGUCGUCGACGAGGCCUACAUCGAUUUUGCCGAGGAAGAGAUUCGCAUGGGCAAGCGGACGCAGGCCGUCUCGGCCGUGGAGUUGACAAAGUCGUACAAGAACGUCGUCGUAACGCAGACGCUGAGCAAGGCCUAUGGCCUCGCAGCGAUCCGGUUGGGCAUCGCCUAUGCACAGCCGGCCCUCGUCCAGAUCCUCAACAACACAAAGGCGCCCUACAACAUUGGCGUACCCACCGCCCACCUGGCGUCGCUCGCCCUGACGGCCGAGGGCCUGUCGAAGAUGCGCGAGAAUGUGCGGACGCUGAUCUCGCACCGCGCCUGGCUCGUCGCUGCGCUCAACGACUUGCGGGAAAAGGAGGGCAUCCGGGCCGUGGGGCCCAUCUUGGGCGCCAACGAGGCCAAUUUUGUCCUCGUCCAGCUCCUCGACGACGCCGGCAGGCCGAGCGGGCCGCUGUCGGGGACCGUGUACAAGCGCAUGGCCGAGGAGCGACAGGUGGUGGUGAGGAACCGGUCAAAGGACCUGGGCUGCGACGGCUGCCUGCGCAUCACCGUCGGCACAGAGGAGGAGAAUCUGCGGGUGAUUGAGCUCAUGCGGCAGCUGCUCAGCGAUGGAAAGUGGUCCUAGUGUGGUGUCAUUAUCAUCAUCAUGAUUAGAUUAGAGAGUAUCAAUGUACACGCAUAGAGAGAGCUAAGU